UAGGACCAGCUUUGAGUUUAACCCGAGUCGGUCGCUGCUGCCACUAUGAGCUGUGGCUCCAAGCAGAGCUCCAGGAGCUGCCUGCGAGGGGGCAGCGGGGGCAGCGCGGGCGGCGGGGGGGGCAGCACGUAUUCCUCUGCCUCCUCCAGAAGGAUCGCUGUGAGGUCAAGCGGUGGCGGCAGGACUUCUGGCAGCAGUUGUGGAGGAGGAAGCUCCAGGAGCAGCUACAGUGGGGGAGCAAGCGGUGGUAGCUGGGGGAAGAUGAGGCGCAGUAGUUACGGAGGAGGAAUGAGCGGCGGCGGGUUCGGAGGGGGAAUGGGCUGCGGCAGCAUGGGAACUGGCUUUGGGUCUGGCGGGAGCGGGUUUGCUGGUGCUUAUGGGGGAAGUUUUGGUGGUGCUAGUUUCAGCGGUGGCAGCUUUGGCGGUGGUGGCUUUCUUGGAGGGAAUGGGGGAAUUCUCUCCAGCGACGAAAAGCUGACCAUGCAGAGCCUUAACGAACGCCUGGCUGCUUACCUGGGCACGGUCAGAAAUCUGGAAAUGGAAAACGCUCAGCUCGAACAGUUAAUCAGGGAGUGGUACCAGAAGCAAGGUCCUACUGGUACGAAGGACUACAGCCACUACUAUGGAAAAAUUGAAGACCUCCAAAAUCAGCUUGUGACUGCAGCUGUGGAAACCAACAGGGUACUCUUGGACCUGGACAACACAAGGAUGACUGCAGAAGACUUCAGGAUUAAGUUCGAGACGGAGCUCGCUCUCCGGCAGAACGUGGAGGCUGACAUCAACAGCCUGCGACCCUUGCUGGAUAAUCUGACGCUGAACAGGUCUGACCUGGAAAUGCAAUUUGAGUCCCUAAAGGAGGAGAUGAUCAACCUCAAGAAGACCCACGAGGAGGAAAUGAAAUCGCUGCAAACACAGUCCAGCGGUGAUGUGAAUGUGGAGGUGAACGCUGCUCCAGGAGAGGAUCUGAUGAAAAAACUGAAUGAUAUGAGACAAGAAUAUGAAAAUAUUAUUCAGAAGAACCGUGAAGAGGUUGAAAGGUGGUAUGAAAGCAAGAUGGAGGAAGUGAGUCAACAAGUCCACUGGAGCGGCCAGGAAGUGGAAUCAAGCAACCAGCAGAUCUCAGUGCUGAGACGUGACUAUCAGAGCCUGGAAAUCGAGCUGCAGUCGCAAAUCAGCAUGUUACAGUCUUUGCAAUCCAACCUGGAAGACACGGAACGUCGCUACAACAUGCAGCUGCAGCAGAUCCAGGGCAUGAUCGGCCCCUUGGAGGAGGAGCUGGCCAGCAUCCGCUGCGAGAUGGAGAGUCAGAACCAGGAGUACAAGAUGCUCCUGGGCAUCAAGACCCGCCUGGAGCAGGAGAUUGCGCAGUACCGGGCCCUGCUUGAGGAAGGGCAGCAGGAUAUUAGCAUCUCACAGGGAGGAGCUGGCGGCGGAUCCUCAGGAGGAGGAGGAGGAGGUCGUGGAGGAACCAGCUGGUGUUCUGGAAAAGGAAGUAGUGGAGGAGGAAGUGGUUGGUCCUCGGGUGGAGGAAGCAGCGGAGGAAAAACAGGAGGAUCUGGCGGGAGAAGCUCUUAUUCUGGAGGUGGAGGAGGAGGGAGCGGAGGAGGAACAGGAGGUGGAGCCUCUGGUAAAACCUCAGGUGGAGGAGGCGGCGGUGGCGAAGGAGGGGGCAAAUCCUGCCUCUCCCGCUCUUCAUCUUCCCAGUCCCAUUCUGGCAAGUCUUGUGAAAGCCAAGGAGGUGCUGAAAACAUGAGGCUCUGCCUGGAAGGGAACAAAACACUGGAGAGAGGAGCAACAAUGGAGGAAGUGUCUGAAGCCAUAAAAACGAUGAGACAGGGGAGUUUUCGGAAGUCCGAGGACUGACUGGCGGAAGCAGCCCCUCCCACUGCAGGACCUUACCGGGGGGCCCGUGACCCGGCCAGGGCACCCGGCGCGUGGCCC